AUGUUGGAUUUCAUGGACAGCGUGCAGCAUGCAUUCUACGAGGCAUCGAGCUGGAACGUUGACAAUUCCUAUGGCGCACUGAACGCGUCGGCACGAGCAUUGCUCGACUUUGACAUACCUCGAGGGCUGCGCAUGCAGAUCUCCUCUCUUGCCGCCCCGAAUUUCGCAACAUCAUACACACUAGGCAGUGUGGGCGUAGUGGAUGGCUCAGUGUCGUACCUGUAUUCAUCGCUACCACUGCAGAAGGACUUCAGGACAUCCCAUAUCGACCUCCACAACGUCAUACGAGGCUAUAAGCAUGUGCAAGAGCUGAGAGGGCCGGAUGAGAAGUGGUGGUGGGAGGUUUGGCAUGCUGGUCAACGGGUCGACCGCAAAAAUACCCUGUUGUAUGGGCGCCUAUUUCUACCACAGCAGAGGCUUGAAGCUUUGUAUCUUCGCCGCCUUACCCCUACACGACAGCUUAGGAUCGCCGCCGUGAGCGAUUCCAACCUCAACAAUGGCGGGACGAUCCUAACGUUAUUGCAAAACGACUUUGGCAAAUAUAGCACGGAAUACAUGUAUAGCACAGACUCUGCAUUAAUGGGUGUCCGGGGUCUUUACAACUUUGGUCCAGGCCCGAGAGUUGCGUCCACAGAACCUGUUGCUCCAGAGCAGGUGGGUCCCGUGGAUGGCCGCUUCAGCGCAGGCGCAGAGCUGUACUAUGGCAUACUCAACAAGAGCGGGGGUAUCAGCACAGGUGUGAGGUUCGCCACCUUACCCAACCAUGCGGGUUUUCCGUAUACCAUGACGCUCACGCUCAACCCGUUGAUGGGAAAUCUUUCUUCCACUUAUGCCGUCAAAGCUGGCCCCAAUCUGGCCCUCUCUUCUCGCUUCGACUUCAAUUUUUAUUCGUAUGAAAGCGAGGUGCAGCUCGGGUGUGAACUCUGGCGUCUACGCAGCACGACCGAUAUCGACUGGGCGGUCAGAAAGCUACGUGCAGACUGGAAACGCCCAACAAUUUCCCCAGACGACGACGUCUCUGGAGUACUCAAGGCUAGGGUCGAUCAGGACUGGCGCAUCGGAGUGUUAUGGGAGGGUAGGAUCAAGGAGCUACUCUUCACGCUCGGUGCAAGUCUGGAUCUGAAGAGGAGAGAGCAGAUGGUCCGUUCUGUGGGUGUUGAGCUGCAGUACUCGUCAUGA